AAUAAGCGUCUUUUUUUUUACAAAGGGGGAGCAGCUUCUGGGAGUGAAAAUACAGUUAAGAAACUUCAGGGUCCUAAAGGUGGUGGAAAUUCAGUAAAGGUGAGUGACAGUCACCUCAUUUUUUUCUCACAAAGUUUUACCACAACUGGAGAUUUGGGCUGGAUGUCAAGAGGCUCUAUGGUAGGCCCAUUCCAAGAAGUAGCUUUUUCCUUGCCCGUCAGCAGCUUGGACAAGCCUGUAUACACAGAUCCUCCGGUGAAAACCAAAUUUGGUUAUCAUAUUAUCAUGGUUGAAGGGAGAAAAUAAACUGUGAUAAAUGUGAUUUUUCUGAAUGUCA